GCCUGUCACAGAUGAUCGCCGGACGGACACCCCUCCAAUCGUUUGAAAGCACAACCACUCGACUUUGCUUUGGACGUGGGCGAUACCAAAACACAACGUACCUCAUGUUCGCGUGCUUAUUUACAAUAUUUAAAAACACUGACUGAAAACUAGCUGCUUACAUUAUUUAUUAGCAGAUAAUAGUGUUCUGUGAAUAACAGUGUCAUUCGGUGAAAAUAUCAGAUUGGAUUGUGUUUAUAAAUUGAUAUUAUUGAAUUUUCGUGAAAAUGACGGCCUCUACGAUGAUUGAACUGGAAUCCUGGAUUAUCUACCAGUGUGUCCUGAAUGAGUGCCAUGUGUCUAGCUGAGCUGACGACGAUUCUCGUGUGUCACUACGAAGUUUACUUUUGACUUCUCCAUGGUUUCUACCUCAAUGGAGGGCGGCGCGUGGUGCGCCCGCGAUAUAUCGCUGCGCGCGCAGAAGAAGUUCCUGUCGCGCGUCGGCGGCUCGGCCAGCGCGCGCGCACUCGUGCUAGACGAGCAUGCUGCCAAGCUCCUCGACCAGUUCCUGUGCGUGCUGCGGUCGCGCGUGGAGAAGCGCGAAGCGGAAAAGAUGGUGAAGCACGUGAUCAAAGCGGCGGUGAAGCUCGGCGUGCUGCGGCGGCACUCUCAGCUCCUGUCCGCUGAUGACCGCGCGCUCGACGCCUUCCGGGCCAAGUUCCACACCGUGCUGAUGGCGGUGGUAUCUUUCUGCGAAGUGGAGUUCUCCUACGAUCGCGAGUUCCUUCAGGACGCUCUCCGUGAGUCGCAUCAAUCGCUAAAAUCCGUGGUGGAACGGCACCUCUCCGACAAAUCUGUGUCUCGACUCGCGGGGGUAUUCGCACUCGUCUCCCGCGCCGACCUACUCGACUCACUAUUCGCCGGUCAAGUCGACGAUGACGUCCUCAAACUAGCACGCAUGCUUCGCAAGGAACUCGACCGUGGCCUCCUAUAAUCCAACCGUCCCAAAGGUCUGUGUCCAAUUUUCCGCGGGAAUCUUCCCGAAUCGUCGUUUCUGCAGACGACUGUGGGAUCACGUUAUCCCCAAAAAUGGGGAUUUGGUUUUCUAAAAGGCAAAUUUUUUGCACUGUAGUGUGUAUCGUUGCGGGUGGUUCGCUGCUCAGCGAAAGGUUCUAUCUAGAUAGCUCUAAUGAUACUUUUCGUACGAGUUUGUGUAUUUAUUAAAGAUUUCAGUCUGUAGGACAAAAGGGAACUACCAAAUUGGUGUAACCAAUCCAAUUGUAGCAGCUUACUUCACAUCGAUGACAUGACAUUUUCACACUGAAUAGAUCUUGCUUGAGCCUAAUCUCACUAAUUUAUAUGUUAUUUUUUACACGAGUUUUUAAUUUUCAUACUCACUGCUUGAAUUAGGGUUAGUUUUAAGCAAAAAUAAUCAGAAAUUGGAACUACUAAUAACUCUAUUUUUGCCAUUAAUCGUCUUGUCAACAUCGAAUAUUAAUAGGACGAAAUUAUGAGUGCAUUUAUUUACUGAAACCUGAAUACUCAUGUCUCAUUGAUGACAAUCAUAUCGUUCCGAUUACAUUUUUACAAUAACUGAGUAAUUGAAAUCCGUCUUACUUACUGGCUUGGUAUAUUUAUAUUACACAUAUCUUUUAGAUAGAUAAAUGUAAUUGUUGUCGACGUUUUCACUGUAACAUAUCUCAUGUAAGACAAAUUAUAACAAAAAGGACGAAAAUAACAAAAAAGGUAUUGUUUGCUUAAAUCAACAGGUAGAGAUAUACUCUGACAUUUUGUAAUCUGGCUUGGAUAUUAAUUAAUCUUGCAAAUAAUCAAAUAAAAUAUCUCAAAUGAAGAUAACUUUUACCUGCCAAACCCAUCACAAGAAAUCAGUUUAAGAAUUUUGUGUAUAACAACUCGCCUACUGUUUAAUUUAAUCCAUUGUGUAACGAAAAGUGGUUGUAUAUUUUAAUGUAUAUUUUUUCGUUACGCAACGGAAUAAAAUAUGAAUCACGAAAUCUUAACAAAAGACUUUUUUUAUUCAAGGCUUGCCGUAUCGUUUGCCAGUAUUCUAUUCUAACAUGAAUUAGUGUAAGUUUAUAAAAUGACAUUAAUUAAUAAAAGGUAUAAUUGUUUUGAAUGCUGUAUAAUUUAUUAGUUAUAUGUUGUGAUGUCGGUUUGUUGAAUGGGUUAAUGUUAAUUAAGGUUAGAAUGCAUUUAAUAGCUGUACCUAAAUGUGAUUUUAAUGUUUAUAGGCGUAUGUUUUAACGGAUUUAAUGAUUUAUGUUAGACUUUAAGACCAGUUACCAGAUAGCCUAAAACAUGACAUAAACUGAACUGAUCUAACGAAAUUGUCUAAGUUAUCUGAAAGUAAUUUAAGUGUAUAUUUUAAUUUAAUAACAAUACCUAUUUAUAAAACUAUAAUAGCGUCAUAAUUAUAAUGUUAUCAAAUACAAAAACGUUGUCCAAAUAAUACACAAUAUAUAUUUCGAUAUUACGUCUACAUAUAAUAGCGUGAACUGAUUAAUGUAUUUAAAUUGUAUUAAUCAUUUAAUCCAUAGCUUUGUGUACAAUAUACUCUCUAUAUGAACUAUAUUCGGACCAAAAUUGUAUCGCCACGCAGUCAACAUAUCUGAUCUAACAGUCAUAUCUAAUUUUGUAUUAGCAAUAAUUAUUUUAACUUUCUGUAAUCGAAAUGGUUAAUUUCGGUUGCAUAUUUUUAAGGCAUAGGUAUUUUUUGUAUACUAAGAUGUUACCAGAGGACACGUUAAGAAAGAUAACACCUAAAAUUUUACCUUACCUCGGUCAGAAUUUUUAUUCCAAAUUCAUUCCUUUGUGUAACGAAAAAAACUUGUUUAAUUUUCGUUACACAAUGGAACUAAUUAAAUUGUAAACUAAAUCACGUUCAAAUAUAUGUGUUUAACAUUGUAGCGUCACAGUAUACAAGCAAUUAAUUUAUUUAAAACUAUCUUUAAAGUAGAGCAUAUAAGUCCGCACUUGCUAUGUCAAACUGUAGCCUGGUCGUGUCAAUUACUGUGUACAGGCGUAGAUUUAAACGUCCACAUGUUCGUACUUCGCAUGGCUUAGACCUUGCUUUGCUGGCCUUAGACGGGGGUCUUACGAAUGGAAUAUUUUAUGCAAAAGUGAAAUAAGACAUGCUUCUUGGAAUUGUAUUUUCUUCUACAUUGGUAAGUCACAAAAUACAUUAAAAGAAAAGUCAAACCCUUCUAAAGAAUAGAUCUGUGCCUGUGAGUGUUCAAAAUAUUUAUAUUGCACAAAAAAAUCUUGCCACUUUUAUUAUUUUUGUAGGUUUCACUAGGUUACUAGUCAGUGUCAGAAAGAAUUGGAAAAAAAAUCUCGUUUCAAAUAUCUAUAUCAGUAUAUUACUUUAUGACAUAUAUAUCUGAUAGUUACUAGGUCCUCUAUCUAUAAUCUACAUGGCCACGAAGUCGUGUAAUAUACCAACAUUGUUUUUGUAAAUACCCACUCGCCUGCACAGUAACCUGCUACAGGUAACUGUCAUAGCUAGAUGAAAUCAAAGACGUCCAAGUAGGGAUUGUAUUAAAGUGACAAUAUAAAUGUGUAGUGAUACCUUAUUUAGUUUUGUUACUCUCUACGUGGUGUAUACUAAGGCACGUCCAAACGGGAUGAUGAAAUUGACAAUUUGAUCAGAUAAAAAAAUUGGCGUCAAUCUCAUCUAACGUCCACACGUACACAAUUUCAUAGUGGAAUUGGCGAGCAAAUGUCCUUUAAUUUCUUUUUUGCAUCGACACCACCUGAUUAAAUUGUCAAUUUAAUCAGAUUGGGCGAAAAAUCGUCCCGUCUGGACUGGCCUUUACUCCGAUCAACGAGAUACUUCAAUCCAAUUUUCGUAAUUAUAAACAUGUCGCUGAGCGACUUUAUCAAGUAGAACAGUUGUGUCUCGUUGACUGGAGUACUUAUGUAUCAGUCCUGUCUCAUUGGUAAUUGAUAAGGUAAUUUUAACGCUUAUUAUCUUAUAUAAGUAUAUUAUUUUACACGAAUCGCGAAUUAGUUUCAUAGCGUCACCUUUUGUACUCGUAUUGCAACUAGCGAAAAUCUUAAAUCUUACAUUUAUACUUUAAUUUUUUAUAUUUUCGCUGGUCGCAAAACUUUUAACUUGCAUUGAAAUGAUAAGAAAACACGUAGAAAGCACUGAGUUUAAACGGAAACACGAAAAACAACUGUACAAAUAUUAGAUUGAUAUUGUGAAUUAGUGACACCUUCAGAUAUUUACCCUAAGAUUGUUUUUAAGGGAUAUUUCGGGUUGAAUGUAUCUUAAAACAGCAAUAUUCUUCGGUAUCCUAUCUUCUAUUUUUACUAGUGUCUCUUUCAGCUGUAGAGCUCUUUAACUCCCAUAGCUCCGCCAUUUUUAAAAUAUCAUAAACUAAAUCGACAUAAAAAUAAGUAUCCUCACAAAAUUUCAUGAGUAGUGGUUAUGAAAUGAGACCUGUAGAGGCCAGAUAUAUAAAAGCAUUUUUGCCUAAGAUGAAACGAGGCUCUUCACUUUGCUCGGUCAAAUAGGUAGUUUAUUUUAAAGCGUGAAACUGAAGUGAACCGUAUUUUCGGGUACGUAAACUUUGCGACUUAAGGUGUCGCUAUAAUCUCAUUGUACGUAUUUCUAAAAAUAAGUUUCAAAAUUGCCACCAAUUCAGAUAUGUUGGUCGUUUUGUUUGAUCAAACUCGAAUAUCGAUAUAAAAGUUGUCACUAUAGUGAAAUUGGUCUCAACUAAAUUUGUUAAGCUGUGUUAUAUGUAUUAAGUUUUGAUAUCAAAUAUACAAUUGAUAAGAGA